AGAGAGAGCGUCUGAAGAGAGAGGCAGAGCGCAAAGAGGUUUAAGGAGGGCAACGUUCCUGCAAGAAGAGACAGGUAAGAAAGACACUUACGGGCACCGGUAAACCUCCCACUUGGCUAGCUCUCUCCCGACAUUACGAGCAGCUCUUACCUUGAGCGUCACACACCCUGACCCACAACUUGGGAGACCGCUUGGGCGCCGUCAAUACGUCAGUCAGGGCGAUGAGGCUGGAGCGCGCGCGCAAUUAGGGUUAUAAGAUCGCGUUAGUCUGUGUACCAAGAGAUCGAACCAGCAGGAAAGAAAAAGAGAACGUCGCGAGCUGUUGAAUAUCAAUCGACGAGGUGUUACGAUAUCAGGAAUAAGUAGAGGAACGCAGCUACCGAGAGCAGGAUGCAGCGAAGGACCAUCCUAACGCUGCUCCUAAUGGUCGCCGGCGCCGUCAUUGGCCAGGAUGAUGACUCGCUCGCCGGUAGUUUUCUGUCAGGCCUUCUCGAUUCGAUUACGAGCACGGCUAACAGCGAGAACUGCCCUGGCAUGUGCGUUCAUGCGAUUGCCACUAUAAUGUGUUACGAAGUCCUGGAAGAUGUAUCCUGUCCGCAACCCUCGAUGCGUUGCUGUGUUGAUUCGCCGAUGAACAAUACCAGUACUGGAAGCGUCUCCAACGAAGUUACAGACUACGAGCACAAGAACGCCAGCAGCGUUCAAAAUUAUGAGCAUCAGCAGCAACAGCAGUUCAAUGUAACCAGCAGUCCAAUUAUACCCUUGGUUGCCAGCACUCAGAAACCGACGAGCAUUAUCAACCCGGUCAUAUCACACACUAGUAUAAGUUCGAGUUCAAAUACAACAAACGCCAAGCCAAUCGCGGAAAAUAAAAAGGAAGAAGUGGACAAGUUGUCUCCGAAGAGUUGUUCGGGCAUUUGCAUGGCCGAGCGCAUCGCCAACUACUGCGACGCAGUGCUGAACGUAGAGAACCUCUGCAAGUUCGGCUACCGAUGCUGCGUAUCGCGCGAUCUUUUUGGGGACUCACCUCCAGCCGAACUCCUUGUCAUUGAUCGGACCAAGUCCAACCUGACUCGCGUGGAAGAGACGAGCCCGGCAAGCACUUCGUCCGUCACUCCUGUCAUCGGUCAUGGUCCUCCGAGUCACGCAACAAGUACAAACUACGUUUCCAGCCCUACAAGCAUCACUAGUACCGCGACGACAUUGAGGCCAGGAUCCGCCUCACAGGGACCUCCAAAGCCUUGUAGUGGCGAGUGCGUAAGUCCUUUCUUUGCCCUCAUCUGCGAAAACGUCGACACAGAGGCAGAUUGUGGUGACUCUGGCUAUUGCUGCAUCAGGGAUAACAUUAUUAAGAAGGACACUACAACGACAUUGCGACCGACAACCAAACCACCUCAACCUAAGCUACCAACUUGUCCAGGCUUCUGUCUAAUGAACAUAAUGUUGGCUUUUUGUGAAAGACCAAACGUUAUUAUUUAUCGAACGUCAACUUGUACAACAGGGCAGUUUUGCUGUGAUAAUACGAAGAGUCCACCAACAAGAAGACCAAAGCCAAGAUCAACUACUUCUAGGCCAUUAGUGACCACUGUAACACUUCCACCGGAUCCACGUCCAGAAUGUCGCGGAUCAUGCAUAGUCUCCUAUCUGUCCUUUACUUGUUUUAAUAAUGCAGAAUUAACAAAUAUCUUCAAAUGUAAAAAGCCUGGUCAUCAGUGUUGUGCUGCGAAAUCGGUAAUUCGAGAAUUCCAAGGAAUUAAUGGUCAUAAUACGAGUGACUCGACAUUAAGUAAUAGAAAUGAUACUAUAUUUACUCUUACACCUCAUCCAUCUUAUACAAUUUCGUCAUCAACAUUGUUCCAUGAAACAACGACGAUGAUGACAACGACGACGACGAAGAGCCCCGUGUACAAUAAGUAUGUGUGUGGUGUAAAAGGGACAUCUCAUGCUCCCAUUCAAGCUCGAAUAAUUGAUCGAGGAGCAAGAGUCGUUGGAGGCGAGGACGCUGAUGCAAACGAAUGGUGCUGGCAGGUAGCCCUCAUCAACUCCCUUAAUCAGUACCUCUGCGGCGGUGCCCUCAUCGGCACACAAUGGGUCCUUACCGCUGCUCACUGCGUUACAAACAUUGUCAGAUCAGGUGAUGCGAUCUAUGUUCGCGUUGGUGACGUUGACCUUACGAGAAAGUACGGGAGCCCCGGAGCCCAGACUCUGCGCGUUGCCACAACCUACAUUCAUCAUAACCACAACAGCCAAACCUUGGACAAUGAUAUCGCUCUCUUAAAGCUGCACGGCCAGGCGGAGCUCAAGGAUGGAGUUUGUCUCGUUUGUUUACCGGCAAGGGGUGUGAGUCAUACGGCUGGCAAAAGAUGCACUGUUACCGGCUACGGCUACAUGGGCGAGGCUGGCCCGAUUCCACUGAGAGUACGUGAAGCAGAGAUUCCUAUAGUAAGUGAUGCGGAGUGCAUUAGAAAAGUAAAUGCUGUAACAGAGAAGAUUUUCAUUCUGCCAGCCAGCAGCUUUUGCGCCGGUGGUGAACAAGGCAACGAUGCGUGUCAGGGCGACGGUGGUGGCCCAUUAGUCUGUCAAGAUGACGGUUUCUACGAGCUUGCCGGCUUGGUUUCAUGGGGUUUCGGCUGCGGACGAGUUGAUGUGCCAGGCGUCUAUGUCAAAGUCUCAGCUUUCAUUGGUUGGAUUAACCAAAUUAUAUCUGUAAACAAUCUGUAGUGCAUUCGACAUAACUCGAGUUCAUUGAAAUACCAUCAUCUUUAUUCUAUAGUGUACUCAACAAAAAACGUUACUGCGUCUUGGCGAUUAUUUUUCGUGCAGAGUUGGGAAGGGGAAUUUAAUCUUUAAAAACCUUUUUAUUAAAUUAUAAGAAAAUUCGAAUUUUACAUUCAUAGUUGGCUGUGAUAUUUCGUUGAGAAUCUAAGACCAACAUAUAUAAUUGUAUUUAGUAAAUUUGAAUGACUAAAUAUAUCUAU